GACAGCGAAGAGGAUGGACACCCUGAAGAGGAGGAAGAGGAGGAAGAAGAGGAGGAGCUGAAUCUUUACAUUGAUCAUAGUGCAGAAGAGGAUGGAGAAGGUGAAGCAGAUGGAGAAGGUGAAGCAGAUGGAGAAGGUGAGGAGGAGGAGGAGGAAAAUGAGGUAGAGGACGAAGACCUGUCCAUGGAAAGUGACUUGGAGGAGCGCCGUCAAGAUGCCAGGCUUCCCCAUGAGCUGUCCUGGGGCCAACGCAAGCAGGUCUACUACGACACAGAUUAUGGGAGCGAUGCCCAGGCCAAAGGCAAGCGUAGCCAGCAAGAAGUUGACGCGGAGGAGGAGGAAGAGGAGCAGGAAGCUCAAGUCAUUCAGAGGAGGUUAGUGCAGGACUUGGGGGAAGAUGAUUACGGGCUGGAUGUCAUCCAGGGCUAUCUGGCUGAGCAGCAGAAAACUCAGGAUAGCAAGGGGCAGAAGAUUGACAAGGAUUUGCAAGCCCUUUCCAAAAAGGAGCAGCUGAAGCUCCUGAAGCAGGAGUCCCCUGAGCUCCUGCAGCUGAUCGAGGACUUUGAAGUCAAGCUAAUGGAGCUCAAGGACGAACUGCACCCGCUGCUGCAAAUGGUCAGAAAUGGUACUAUCCCACAGGGGAAAGGUAGUCGCUAUCUGCAGACCAAGUAUAAUCUCUACCUGAAUUACUGUGCCAAUAUCAGUUUCUACUUGGUUCUGAAGUCAAAGCGGAUACCUGUUCAUAGUCACCCCGUUAUCGAACGGCUGGUUGCUUACAGAAAUAUAAUCAAUGACCUAGCAGUUAUAGAUCAAAAGUUAUCCUCGCAAGUUCGUGUGCUUUUGAAAAACUACUAUGAUAAGAAAGAAGAUAAAAUACGGAAAGAGAAGAAAUUUGCGGCUUUUCUUACGCUGGAUGCUAUGAAAAAGAAAUCAAAACGUGCUCCUGCACUUGCUAAUGGCCAGGCGGUAGCUUCUGAACCCUUAGAAGAAGAGGCUGCCUUGAAAUACUAUCAAAUGAUGGAGGAGAAGUUGAAACUCAAGAGGAAGAGAACUGAAGACCAAGAAACUCUUGAAGAAGAAGUGUUGGAAGGAGAGGAUCCAAAUAAAAAGAGAGGUGUGACCUAUCAGAUGAUCAAGAACAAAGGCCUCACACCUAGAAGGAGGAAGAUCGAUCGCAACCCCAGGGUCAAGCAUCGGGAGAAGUUUCGGCGAGCCAAGAUUCGCCGCAAGGGCCAGGUCCGGGAAGUUCGGAGAGAAUUGCACAGAUAUUCUGGGGAACUGUCUGGCAUUCGUGCGGGAGUUAAGAAAAGCAGGAAGCUUCAGUGA